AUGAGAGCCACGACAACAACCGCCGCUAUCGCCGGCCUUCUCGCCGCCGGCGCCGCGGCACAGAACUCGACAAGCACAUGUGCCAGCGGAGUGCAUCUCAUCGUUGCUCGCGGCAGCAGUGAACCUGUCGGCGUGGGCCGGAUAGGCAGCGUUGCCAACGGUGUUGUCGCUGCCAUCCCCGGGUCUCAGAUCGAGCCUCUCGAUUAUCCUGCCAAGUUCGAGAACUAUUCCAUCUCCGUUGAGGACGGCGCCAUUGCGAUGAACCUGGCCUUGACCCAGUACAACGCGAGAUGUCCCAACUCGAAGGUCGCGCUUCUUGGAUAUUCUCAGGGUGCGCACGUCGCAGGCGAUACCCUGUGCGGUAGUGUCGACGAAGACGCAGGUGAGGCGCUGGACUUAGAGUUCAAUCGUACCGCGCCUAUUGCCUCUUCCAUUGUUGACCAGAGUGUUAUCGCGGUAAUUCUCUUCGGAGACCCGACUCACAUCAAGAACGCCACCUGGAACAGGGGCACGAGCACGCGCGACGGGCUUUUCCCCCGCGACAACGCCGCAGCAUGUCAGCAGUAUGCGUCCAAGAUCGAGUCAUGGUGCGACACAGGCGAUAUCUACUGCGAUGUUGGUAACGACACUACCGUUCACGGCUCCUACUUUGUCAAGUACACCAACGAUGCGGUUGACUUCGUCGUGUCCCAGUUCAAGGCGUCCAAGACGAACGGCACAUCUCCCGCUCCUACCCCGUCCACCGUUCCUGCCUCUGGUGCCAUGGCUACUGCGCCCGGCAUGCUGAUGUCGGUCGCGGGCUUGUCUAUGCUGGCAUCGUUCUUCUUAUAG